AGGAUCAAGGAUCGAGGAGAUUCCACAGCCAAAAUGGCGUUGAGGAACAUUGCGAUGAGAGUCUUAUUGCUCCUGGCGGUGGUGAGCGCGGCAUAUGCCGCCAAAGGCAAGGCGGAAAAGAAGGAGAGCGCAGAUGGUCCGGCGGCGUCCGGUCCGGCGGCGUCCGGUGAGGGCGGGGAGUACGACAUCACCAAGCUCGGCGCCAAGGCCGACGGCACAACGGACUGCACCGAGGCGGUGGAGGAGGCAUGGGCCUCGGCAUGCGGUAGCACCGGGAACCCGACCAUCAUCAUCCCCAAGGGUGAUUUCCUGACUGGAGCUCUGAAUUUCACGGGGCCGUGCAAGGGCGACGGACUCAACAUCAAGCUGGAAGGCAACCUGCUAGCUUCCAACGACCUGGCCAAGUUCAAGUCUAACUGGAUCGAGAUCAUGCGCGUGAAGAAGCUCUCCAUCACCGGCAAAGGCAACAUCGACGGUCAGGGCAAGGCCGUCUGGACAAAAAACAGCUGCCAAAAGAACUACAACUGCAAGAUAUUGCCAAACUCGUUGGUGCUGGACUUCUGCGACGACGCACUCAUCGAAGGCAUCUCUAUCAUCAAUUCCAAGUUCUUCCACAUGAACAUCUUCCAGUGCAAGGGCGUGACCGUCAAGGACGUGAAGGUGAACGCGCCCGGGGACAGCCCCAACACCGACGGCAUCCACAUGGGCGACUCGUCCAAUGUCAGCAUCAUCGACACCACCAUCGGCGUUGGCGACGACUGCAUCUCCAUUGGCCCCGGUUCCACACAAGUCAACAUCAGCGGCGUGACCUGCGGCCCAGGCCAUGGUAUCAGCAUUGGCAGCCUCGGGAGGUACAAGGACGAGAAGGACGUGACCGACAUCAGCGUCAAGAACUGCGUGCUCAAGGGCUCCACCAAUGGCCUCCGCAUCAAGUCGUACGAGGACGCCAAGUCGCCCCUCGUAGCAUCCAAGAUCCACUACGAGAACAUCGAGAUGGACGACUCGGGCUACCCCAUCAUCAUCGACCAGAAGUACUGCCCCAACAAACUUUGCACCUCUAAGGGCGACGCCGACAGGGUCACCGUCAAGGACGUUACCUUCAAAAACAUCACCGGCACCUCCGCCACCCCCGAGGCCGUCAGCCUGCUCUGCUCCGAAAAGAAGCCCUGCGAAGGCGUCACAAUGUCCGACGUCAAGAUCGAGUACUCCGGCAAGAACAACAAGACCAUGGCUGUCUGCACCCACGUCAAGGUCACCGCCACGGAAGUCGACAAGGCCAACACAUGCGACGCCUGAACCAUUGCUCCCACGGUAGAAGAGAUAACAACACCGUGAGAGGCACUCUCCUUCCAUCUUGCGCGGCAUGAUUUCUUUUCUCGGUAUGUAGAUUUUCGAAUCCGCGCUAGGAGAUCGUCCUUUACUUUUCUUCCUAGGUUGACCGCUUACCUUUAUACUCAAAUAUAUGUACGUGCCAGCUCAGAGCCACUUGAUCCAUAUACUUUUGAUGAUUUUGGCGUUUA